AUGUUGGUUUACCUGACGUCAGGUGAGUUCACUUUUUAUCCUUUUUUGUCCUGUAAAAACAAAUUUAAAGUGACACAAAUUCAGCAAAAGGAUAAAAUUGUGCAAAUAUGCAAAUGUAUUGAAAAAGUUAGGAUGAUCCAAAGGCCCCUCAACUGACAAGGGCUCUAAAAAUAUUCCAACUGUAUUUGGACAGUGUUUAGUAAAUAAUGGCCUAACAGUACAGACCAAUCAGGAAGUCUCUGUGACACUUUGGUAGACAACAGGAAAACUUACCUUAACUGUCUAUUUAUUACAGAUAUAAUUUUAAAAAUACAACUUAUGCUACUUGUAGACGUAUAUUAAACUAGCUAGAUUUCAGAUCAAAUUUAAGAUUAUUUAUGCACUUAUGUACAUGAUGUAGAUGUUUGCAUCGAACCCUUUUGAUUAAAAAUAAAGUUCUGCAUUUCAAAUUGUUUGUUAAAUUUAAUCCUGUGACAACACUUACAAUCUGAACCAGGGGAAGUUAAAAAAUAAAAUGGGGUUAUAAAAGGUAUACAAAACUAUCCUAUUAUGCUGCUUUAUGAAAUACUCAAUUCUGAUUGGUCAAUACUCCAUAGCAACGGUCUUUUUUACUUGUCAUAAAAGACUGUUGCUAUGAGAUUAAGGCAGUUGAUGGGUUUAAGGCUCCAAUCACAGAAGAGGCCAAACAAGGAAAAGGACGGACUCAGGAGAGUCCAAAAACUGUGGGCUAAGAAUAAGAAAUCUACAAAAUUGAUGAUGGAGAUGAAGUGCACAACAGGCUAGCAGAGCACGACAUGGGAUAGGAAAAAAAAAAAUUUCAGACUGACAGUGAGGAGGCAGAAAACCACAACGCCGACCAAUGUGGUCCUGUUGACUCUGUUUUUCCUCUACCAAUGGAAAUGUUUGGUUGUGAGAAGUUACAGCCAUGUUGGCUAUUUUUAGGAAAUGUGUAGUUUAAUUUGUGUUAAAAACAGCCAACUUAGCUAGAUUUAAGAAAUGUCCAGUUGAAUGUUAGUAUACAGCUAAGUUAGCCCCUUGUAAGAUUACUGCAAGUGUUGUGGACGAGUUUAUGUGAAAAAAUAGAGCCACUUUUAAAAUAACUAAACCGAGCAGUGGAAAGCCACAUCAAUAUGGAAAGUAUUGCAUGUGGUCUGUAAAACUGGUAUGAAAUUGCUGGCUCCAAAUAUUUUAAUUUGACAAUUGUACUGCCCCCAGAACAGGUCUCCCUCUCAACUGGACUCAAUCAGUCUUUCAUGACUUUUGGUACUAAUAAUACAAUAUCAAUUAAUUAUUUGCGCUCACAAAAAUUGUUCCUGCAGCUCCAGAGACUCGUCCCGCAACGGUCUGCAUGGAGAGACAAGCAGUAAGGCGGGCCAGAGAGGCCUUCCUGAGCGGCAGGACUCGACCGGUGGAGUUCAGACUGCAGCAGCUUCACGCUCUGCAGAGGAUGAUCACCGAGAAAGAGACUGAGAUCUCCACAGCUCUCAAACAGGACAUCAACAGGGUAAGAGAAGGUAUCAAAGACGUUAGGGGCAGUCAGUGACCUUUACAGAACAUGCCUGAAGAUAACCCAGUGGCUUGAAAGUCAUGUUUUUGUUCUCUGUCUGUUGACAACUUGAAGGAUCUCCUAUUCUUUUCUCUCUGUAAGGUGGAAAUAGAAAGCAAUAUCGUCUGCAUAGAAUGACAGCUAUGCUUGUAUUUCUUACAGAGCCAGUAUGACACACCACUCUUGGAGCUGAUCGGCAUUGAGAAUGAGAUUAAGCUGGCGAUCAGUAAACUGUCAGAGUGGGCGGCUCCUCGGUCAGUAGAGAGAAACCUGUUCACCUUAAAAGAUGAGGUUUACGUCCAACCUGAGCCUCUGGGAGUGGUGCUCAUCAUUGGGGCCUGGAACUACCCUUGGGCUGUAACACUGCAGCCACUGAUUGGAGCCAUUGCAGCUGGUAAGAAACUUUCAGUUUCCAGUAUAUAUGGCUCUAUAACCCAUUUUAGUGUGCUAAAUCUUAGUAGCCAGACUGUUGUGACUGUAUAACUUAACAACCCAGUUGUCAUGCAAAUUCAUUGCUCCUAGACCUAAGAGAGGUUGUUUCUUGCCAGCUUUUUGAAAUUGUCUCUGUCCACUUGCUAAAGCAGAGUUGAAGUAAAAUCAAUCAAAACUCAAAUUUUACAGUGGUGAAUGAAGACUUUAGUAAGUUAAUGCUUGGGGUCUGUUAAAGGCUUCCAGUGGGAUUGUCCACAAAGUAGAAGUUAUACCGGGUCAUUCACAUCCAAAUCUCACGUAACAGGGGAAAAAGUCUCCUCUUGUUAGCUCCAGUUUGAUAGCAGAGUCAGCCCUGCAUUCCCAGCCUCCUACUCUCACUCUCUCCUCUCCGUCACUCAGUGAUCUCACUCCAUUCACAGGAACCUGUGUUCUGUCUGUGCAGGGAAUGCAGCUGUGGUGAAGCCGUCAGAGCUCAGCGAGUGUUCCUCCCUCCUCCUCCGGGCUCUGCUGCCUCGCUAUCUGGACAAGGUCUGAACACCGGAGCUAUUGUUGAUAGAAAGAGCUGGUGCAACGUCAAAGCCUUGCACCAACACAGAACACGUGGUGAUUCUGAGGCAAAAUGCUUCAGUAUGGUGGGACUAGGGAUGUAUGCAAGAGAACUUCUAGAUAUCGACACCUACAAUUCCAUUGACUAACGACAGUUGGCCCAAAUGUGGGGCAUAUGUGGGGCAUAUGUUGUGCCUGAUCUGUAGCAUUGCCACCUACCACCAGCCAAGGCAGUUACUCUGGUUAAUGGACAAUGUCAUUGCACUAUAAUGCUCUACUACCCAGAUAUAAAAAGCACAGUGACAGAUGGCAUAAUGUCGCAUGGUGAGGUAGAAAAUGGAGAUAAAGCUGCUUGACGGCUGUGUCUGAUUAAACUUCAACCUCGUAACCAGAGCAGUAAGUAACCUUUACAGUCGUGUGGAUGUUAACCUGCAGGCAGGACCAAAGACUCAUGGUACUAGUUCUGCUAGUGUUAGCCACACUCAACAAACUCAGUUUGACAUCAUCAAGUCCACAUAUUUUUUUCAACCAGAAAAAGAUAUUACAUUGCAAAUUCACCAGACUGCACUGACAAGAUCAGCAGCUGCAUAUUGAAGAGGGGGGAGUAACUUGUGUAUUCCUACCUUCACUGAUAAGUAUGUUUGUGUAUGUUUGUGUGACUUUUUAACACAACAAAUCAACUGAAAAUCUAGCAAAUGAGAUCUGAAAACAAGACUAUAAACACAUGUACUUUGAAUAGCUUUGAUGCCUCAAAGGCUUUUGUUGCAGCUAUUAUGGCCUAGAGUGUGACUGCAGGCUGAGGCAAUGAAGUGGAGAAGUAUGUACAGAUCAGUCAGUCAGACUAAAAAGAUGCAAAUAUGAGGCCUGUGUUUUUAUCACACUCAUUGUCCAAACAAGCUUUAAAUAUGAUUUAGUUGCAUUGUGGUGUUUUGAACUAAAUUAUUUAUUAAUGAGCUAAAAUGUUGCUGUUUAUUUCCAGGACCUGUACCCUGUCGUGACAGGUGGAGUGUCAGAAACUCAGGAUUUGCUGAGGCUCCGGUUUGAUCACAUCUUCUACACAGGAAACAGCACAGUGGCCAAACAAGUGAUGGAGGCUGCAGCUCGACACCUGACCCCGCUCACCCUGGAGCUGGGAGGGAAGAGUCCCUGUUAUAUCGACAAGGACUGUGACAUCAGGGUCGCCUGCCGGUAACAUACAAGUCAAAAGAGUGACACAUAAAAGUAUAUUCAUGUCUUCCUUACUUGUGUGACUGAUUUGAUGUCAUGGUUUUUUACUGAGAAUAAGCCUCAAACACACAUUAAAGCUUGAACGAAAGUCAGUAACAGUGUUUUUUUCUGUGUGCAGUCGUGUCACGUGGGGAAAGUUUGUGAACUGCGGUCAGACUUGCAUUGCUCCAGACUACAUCUUGUGUGAGCCGUGCAUCCAGGGACGUGUGGUGGAGUGCAUCAGACAAACUCUUCUGGUACUGUUCUCCUUCAAACCUGAUUGUGUUAACAGCUUAUUUUUUAUAAAUCCACACAGUUUGUAGUUUCAUCUCCAACUUUUAAUCCAUCUCAGGAGUUUUACGGAGCUGAUCCCAAAUGUUCACCAGACUACGGCCGAAUCAUCAACCAGCGCCACUUCAUCAGAAUCCUGGGUUUGAUGGAGGGAUACACCCCUGUGAUAGGAGGACAGAGCGACGCCUCACAGCGAUACAUCGGUAUGUGGAAGUAAAGAAGUACAAAUUUGUAGUUCCUGAAUUUAGUGGUUUUCUGGUACUUCCCCUGAGUGUGUGUUGUUUUUCGUCACUUCUUGCUUUCCUGCUUUGUCUACUAUUCCUAUCCUCUCUGAAUAAAGCCCCAAAAAUUAACCUUAAAAGAAAUGAUAACAGAAGAGUUUUAUCUUUUUUGAUAGAAUAUUUCACCAAAUCACUCAAUAUAUCAUACAUGAAUAUUUUAAUUCCAAGUAGCAUCAAGGAUCUUAUGGUAUGUGUGGAUUUUGAUGGUGGACAGAGCAUGCAGUACAGACUCAUAAAGGGCACUGGUUCUUUUCUGAAUUUGUUAGAUAACUGCAGCUGGAUCAGGUUGAUUCAAUAAAGUCUUUCCUCAAAAAUGUGACAAAGUGAACAGGAUUACACUAUCAAUCCUGGAUCGUAAAAACAGGAUAUUUCCAAACUCCAAACACUCUUUUCUAGAUUAAAUUGCCUGAACAUUAGAGCCUGAACUCUUAACUUUUGCUGCAGAAGUGUAAUCUGUACUUUGACAUGCACCACAGUCUUUGAACAUGGAAGUAUCUGUAUUUCUUCAGAAAAUAAUGUGUGUGAGUUAAUUUUGUCAGUAGAGGAAUAAAUAAAAUCAGAUUAUUGUGUUUAAAUCCAUAAUUUCAUUAACUGAUGUCUAUCAUGCAGCCCCCACAGUGCUGAAAGACGUGCCCCCCCACUCCAGACUGAUGCAGGAGGAGAUCUUCGGCCCCCUGCUGCCUAUUGUCACUGUGAGCGACAUGGAUGACGCCAUCCGUUUCGUCAAUGAGAGAGAGAAACCUCUGGCUCUUUACAUCUUCAGCAAGGACAAGAAGGUGAGAGAAACCAUCAGUAACUGCAGCAGUGAGGAGAUUGAAACAGGCUUUAGUGAUAAAAAACCUCCCUGUUUCACUUCUCUCUGUCUCUCUCAGGCAGCAAAAAGGAUGAUUGAGGAGACAACAAGUGGAGGAGUGACCGUCAAUGAUGUUUUGAUGCACUACACGUUGAGCUCUCUCCCAUUUGGUGGAGUUGGUAAGAGACAAUGUUCAUUUAAAUUUGUGUCUUUAUCAGGACAAGCUCUUCCUACUGGGCCUCUGUCCUCUCUGUAUCUAUCUCCACUUCCUAUCCUUGUGCUAAAAUGUCAGAGAGGUGAACUCCAGAUCAAUUUGACACCAAUAACAUUGCCAAAGUCUUUACGUUAGAAAAAGAAGAUUAAUCCAUUUAUUGGUCCAAAGGGAAAAUCUGCAGAGCUUUUACCCUCUAGGUCAAUUAUACGACAAUCAUGGCCUCACUAAUUGUUUUGUGUACCCCCUCCUCCCCCAGGUCAGAGUGGUAUGGGCCGUUACCAUGGCAAACACACUUUCGACCAGCUCAGCCACCACAGGGCAUGUCUGAUCCGCUCUCUGGGGAUGGAGAGCCUCAAUCUGUCCCGGUACCCGCCUCAGGACCGCCAGCGAGCGCGCAGGGUGAAGAGGGUGCUCAGGUCUUCGCUGAUUGACAUGUCAAAGAGGACGUUCAUCUGGGCCGUCACUGCCACUGUCAUCGGCUUCGGCCUCUUUAUCACCCUGCUGGUCAUCCUCCUCAUCGCUGCGGGACUCAACUGCACCUGCUGGUACUGGAGAGGCAUCUACAACUACUACUGGUGA